AUGUCAGAGAGGUCUUUAUCUCCAACGGAUUAUCAUGAAUUGAAGCAUGUCAAAUCCAUCAAAGUCCCUUAAACCUCCAUUAAAAAGAGAAGAUCAAUUUAUUAAAAAAGCAAUCUCGAAUUGCAACUGGAAUUAAACAGAUGCAAUCUCUCCUGUGAGUGUUCCAAUUGUGGUAAACCCGGUGGAUUUUAAUUGAAGACCCAUGGGGAAUUGCCGCUCAAGGAAACUAGAUAUCAGAAAAAACAAAGGAUCCUGAAAAAAUUAAAAGCUAUUGGAAACGCUAUUAUUUUCAUUCUAAUUUAUAAAUUGGAGGCUAUCAAAAAUUGGAAAAAGAAAAUGCAUAACCUUAAACUUUCUAAGAACUUAACAAUCCUAAGAAGACCUGCAGUUUUGUAAACAGGUAAUUUAUUACCAAAUACUCAACCUAAUAAAUAAUCAACCAAGUACAUUUUAUCUUUUGAAAGAUCGAAAUAUUAUUUUAACCCACCAAUUUCCAUCCAAGAAUUCCCUUGA